AUGGACGAUGACACGUUCUUCUUGUCCAUGUCUCGACUAUUGCAGAUGCUAGACAAAUACGACGUCACGAAGCCGCACUAUAUUGGUACCGUGACCGAGAGUGAUAGUCAGCUAUCGAUGUUUGGUAUCUUCGCCUAUGGAGGAGCCGGAAUGUUCUUUUCUCGUCCCCUUAUGGAUGAACUCGGUCGGAUCUGGGGCGAAUGUGACGCCGGUACCGAUCACGGAGAUGGAAAGAUUGCUCACUGUGUCUAUCAGUACACCCGCACGAAGCUCGAAAUAGAGACUGGUCUCAACCAGCUAGAUUUGAUGACCGACGCCUCAGGAUGGUUCGAGGCUGCACGCUCUGUUCCAGUCUCUCUUCAUCACUGGAAGUCAUGGUUCGAGGCUGAUGUCGUGAAAAUGACUGCUGUCCGCGACGUGUGCGGCACCAACUGUAUACUUCGCCAAUGGAGAUUCGCUGAUGGAUGGCUUCUAACCAACGGAUACUCCGUCAUUCACCAUGGAGCAAGUGUCACAGACGACUACGGUGCAUUCGCCAUGGAAAAGACAUGGGACGACCUCAACGGCUCAACUGACGAGUCCUUUGUGCGUACAUUGGGUCCUCUGCGAUCAAAGGAAGAAGAUAAGAUUUCGCUUCGACUUGCGGAUGUGAUUGUUGAGGGAGGACAGGUUCGACAAUUCUAUAUUCGCCGUGUUGAGGGAGGCGACGAAGUCUUGGAACUUGUUUGGCGGUUGAACUAA